UCUCAGAGCUUGCGCGCUACCAACUGGCUGUGGACUCAGAGCCCUUCGAGGCCAAACUCAGAGCAACCCCAGCCCCUUUUUCUCUUGGUUUUUUUUCUUCCAGCCGCUAGGCUAGAAGCUGGCAAAAGUUUUUCUAGCUCUCUCCCCUUCCCCGCCCCUUUCCACCGCUGGCAGCAACGCCCCUCCUAUUCACACUGCCUCCUCCCCAUAAAGGAGGAGCCGUCGACGGAGUGAGCAGAACGCAGUUCGUAGUCCGUAGCAUCGCCCGCUUGCUUCGCAGUGCGCGUUUUGCUUAGCCAUCAUGACCAAGCCUGAAAUGCCCGCGCCGGCCUCCCCGUUGAAAGUGGGGCGCUCCCCUGCAGGUAAGCAGGCAGGGCGGGAAGCUUAGCUGCGAGCUGGCGGGGACCUGUCUGUGGCUGGAGAGCCGUAUAACAACCACGCUUACUCAGGAGGGGGCUAGUGAAUGCAUUCGGGUUUGCAGCGAUAGGUAAGCAGGGCUAGGACUGGUGCGCUUCAGCACAAAAUCCCGCCCUCUUUGGAGAUGUUUGUUCCCUCAACAACAACAACCGUAGUUUUCUUGAACCAAUAGCUAGGAAUGAGGCAGGGUGUUACUGGCUCCUAAUCUUUUGUGUGUCGCCUAACUGGAAUUUAUUCCCCCAAAAAAUAAAUGUCGGAGAAGAAAAGAUGAGAGCCUCGAGGUUGUAAACAGUGGCGCAAUAACGCCCCUUCUCUCCGCCCACCUUGGUGGGCGUGUGCUUCUCUCGCUGCCCUGGAAGUGUAGUUGUUAUGUCAGCCUGUGGUAAAAGCUUUCUUCCCCGCCUCCCCAGAUGCGUACGAGGGCCGAACUGCGCACGAGGCUAAGUGGGUCGUUAGAAACUACGGCAGGUCCCCGCCCCUCUGCGCUGAAUGGGAGGCGGCGCGCAAUGCGCCUAGGCGGAGGCGAGUUUCAUGGAAAGCUCGGCCUCCAGAGCGCGAUCUCUGCGAAAAAAAGAGGCGGCUCUCCCACUGAGUGUCAUUUAAAGAGCGCUUAAACGAGCAAGCCUUAACAGUGGACCGUGCCCGCGUGGUGUUCUCUCAGUACAGGCAGUUCUGCAUUUCUAGAGCUGCUCCCGUUUGGAAGCUCGGUUGUAACAGCUUGUUUACCCCUCAAAGAGUUGCUUCAAACUUCAGACGUCUUCUCUAACUCACGUAGAAACCUUCAGGCUUCAGAGUUAUUGGCCUGUUGUUUGUAGUUAACAAACUUGUACUGCAGUUAUUCCCAGGGCUUUUAAGGGGAACUUGCCGGAACUCAGUUCCGGCACCUCUCAAGUAGGUUCUGGGAGCUCUCAGGUGGGUGCCAUUGGUAUUCAUGGUGAAUUCUGGCACCUCUUUUUCCAGAAAAAUAGCACUGGUUAUUCCUGGUUAGUACUGUAGUUGACACAGCAGUGACUCCUGAAAUUUGUUGCUUCCCUGUAACAGUGAUUAAUUACAGUGGUACCUCGGGUUACAUACGCUUCAGGUUACACACUCCGCUAACCCAGAAAUAGUGCUUCAGGUUAAGAACUUUGCUUCAGGAUAAGAACAGAAAUCGGGCUCCGGCGGCGCGGCAGCAGCAGGAGGCCCCAUUAGCUAAAGUGGUGCUUCAGGUUAAGAACAGUUUCAGGUUAAGAAUGGACCUCCGGAACGAAUUAAGUACUUAACCUGAGGUACCACUGUAAUGGUAUCGCGACUUGUUGAUGAGGUGUUUGAAAAUCAAGGUGGUUAACAAAAACGUCCUAGAUAAAAAUAUGAAAGCGAGGCUCCCCAGUCAUCACUUUGCCCUGUGUGUAAAAACCAGUGUUUCAUCUAGCUAAGAAUCAAAGCACUAAGCAGUUCAAAAGUCUUAAGUGUUUUUACUUUUCUUGGUUCCCACCAAUUAGUGGUGAGCCAGGUUGCUCCCUGGAGCAAGACAAUUUGAGCAUAUUACACCAAUCUUGGUUUGACUGCACUGGCUACCAAUUAGUUUCCAGGCCCAAUUCAAAGUGCUGGUUUUGACCUAUAAAGCCUUAAAUGGCUCAGGUCUUCAAUACCUGAAGGACCACCUCUUUCCAUAUGAAUCUACCAGGACCCUGAGAUCAUCUUCUGAGGCCCUCCUUCGUGUGCCUCCUCCUCGAGAGGUCUGGAGGGUGGCAGCACAAGAACGGGCCUUCUCUGCAGCAGCUCGCCGUCUGUGGAAUGCUCUCCCCAGGGAAGUUUGCCUGGUGCCUUCAUUAUACACCUUUAGGCGCCAGGCAGAAAUGUUCCUUUUUAACCAAACCUUUGGUUGAUUUGAUUGACAUCCUAUGCGCUUUUAAAAUGUGGGGGCUUGGGGGGGGUUAUUGGGUUGUUGUUUUUAUUUUGAUUAUGUGUUUUGUGGUUUUAUAUUUUGAUUUUAUUCUGUGAACCACCCUGAGACCUCAGGGUAUAGGGCAGUAUAUCAGUUCAAUAAAUAAUAAAUUAAUAAUAAUAAUAAUAGGGCUGUGAUUGAAAACAAAGAGUGUGAGAUUCUGGUGGUGAAGAAGACUGGAUUAGGAGCAAGGCAAUCUCAAAAAGAGACAAUUGCACAUACAGUACUUUUGUAACCGAAGAAAAUCUUUAAUAUAAAAUAUUUUAAUAAAAUAAAACCCUUCUCAAGGAAUGAAGACUGAGCCAGUAGAUAAAUUUCAGCCUGACCUAUCUUGCAGGAUUGUUAUGACGGUGAAAAUAAGCAUUAGUUUCCUAGCUGCUCCAGGAAUCGAUGAAAGCUUGUAAAAAUUAUAGCGUUUUUUCUAAUAGGAACUAAAUCAAUCAAUCAAUCAAUCCAAGUCUUCCAUAUCUGAAUGUCUAAUGAAAACUGCAUUUCACCUCUUUUAACCACUCUUGUGCCUGAAGCUCAUAUCCAGGACUAUUUUGUUUCUUUGUUUAUUGUUAAUUCAGUUUCUUUCCCACUCUUUCUUCUGAAGCAGCCCAGGUACUGUUUACUUAAUAAAUUUAUACCCUGCCUCUCCACAGAAAUGUUUGAGGUGACUCACACAAAUAAAAUAUGUAAUGAAAUAGGUUCCAUUUAAAAUUAAAACUGAAAAGUGCAGAUAAGACACCUUAAAAAAAAAAAAAGGCAAAUGAAAAGGACUUUAUUUGGUUCCCAAAAAACACAAGUCUAGGCAGCAGAGCUGCAAAGUUACAAAUAUGCCUUCAUGUGAGGGCAUUUAACCAAAGUUAAAUUUAAGUCUCUGCUUAAUCUGGCAGUUUUUAGAUGUAAUGCCUUGUAUGACAUGGGAAAACAGUAAUUUAUUUCAACAAUUAUAUCUGAAAUAUCUUUAAGUUCUUUUAAAGAUGAGUUUGUUUGACAUUUCUCAACAUUGAAAUUAUUGUUGCCAGGUCAUCUUCAGCUUUAAUUACUGCUAAUUGGUUUUAUAAUUGACAGGCACGUUAACAGAGCAUAAUUAUUACUUGGGAGAAUGCAGACAGUCAAAUGCAUCAUACCAGCACAAGAAGUACCUCUUUAUUCUGAACUAUUGGUGAUAGAUAAAUGCAAACAUUAUUUGUCGUGGGGUAUGCUCAGAUCAUGGCUACUUGGAGGCCAAAUCUAGACUACAAAAGGUUUUGUUAGAACCCCGAAGACUCCAGGUUACUACUACUUUUUAUAUGAUUUAUCUAACCUAUGGUUGCAAAGAAACUUUGAGACUGAAGGCAAAAACACUAAAAGAUAAAUCUUCUCUCUCCAUAUUUUGCAAUGUUAGCCAAACCCUUUCAAGGAUAGAUUUAACUUUUCCAUGCUCGAUGGCAAGGACUGUUAAGUUUUCUAAAUAAGUGCAACAUGCCCAUUCUUAAGAUGUAUGGGAGCCGCAAUACAAAUGUGUGGGACAGCAGUGACUCUGGUAUUGACCCAUACUGCAGCUGUGUGGGAUACAAACAAAAAGAAACACCUUUCUGUUUGUGCAUGGGUGUAAAAGUGGCUUAAUAUCAUAGCUGUGAAUGGCAUGUAAAUAUCUCAGCUUGCACCAACCUGGCAGCAGUACAAACAAAUUCAUGAAUGUUCUGUUCAUAGACUCAAAGUGAUCCUGUUAACAGUGUAGCUUAAGACCCACUGUACACCUGGGCAAUAGUUCAAUGAUAAGAAGAGCACAUGGUUUGUACAUGUAGGUUAGAUGGUUCACUCCGUAACAUAGACAGAUUGGGCUGGGAAAGAUCUUGGACAGUCAGUGAUGGACUAUACCAAGCUAGGUGGACCAGUGGUCUAACCUGGUACAAGGCUACUUCCUGUGUCCCUGAGGAAUGCAAGUGCUCUGGAGUAAGUGCCUUGUGAAUUAAAAUCUGUAUCUUGCCCGCCAUUCUAAAUAUGUAUUUGGCAACGUAUGUCUUGCAUAAUGUGAAACAGACCAAUUGCUUUGGGGUUAUCUGCCAGUCACACAUGUUAUCACUGCUUUCCUCUACAGUCAAAGCUGGAGGUAUGAGAGUUGCCAAGAAGCUGGAGAAUGCACCUGUUGAAAAAAGUACCAAAAUCCCAGCGAGAGACAAGACUAGGUAUGUGUGCUGUAGUGACUUGUCACGGUGUUAAUGAGAAUGACUAGGGAGUGAAUAAGUUCAGGUUUGUGGGAAAGAGGAUGUCCAUUUAUUUAUUUAUUAUCUAUUUUUAAAAAUGAAUGAAUAUACAACUAUAUCAUAAAAAUAUCAGAUAUAUCAACUUGAAUUAUAAAUAGUGUUACUGGCAACAAUACUGUUGAAGCAAGCAAUGAAAGUAAAGCAAAGAAAACCUGAUAAAAAAUAAAAUAUAUUCAGUGCUGAAAAAUCAUGCACAGGAAGUUUUACACGCACACCCCCCCCAAAAAAAAUUUAACAGUGUAAAUCAUGUUCAACUUUUAUUCUUGAGAGGACUUUGUGUCUGCACAGCCAAUAGAGGCUUACAUCAGAGUAGGGCAAUCCUAACCCUGGCCAGGAAGCAGUGAAGCAUGGCAGAAUUGUGUAUCUGUAUCUGACGUCCUGCUCUUCAUGGUGACUGGGGCAGAAGGGGAUAGCAAGAACCCUGCUCUGUGUUACAAUAGUUUGGAGCUGCAAUAGCAAUGAGGUCUGAUACUAUUAAGUGGUGACGGUGGGAGCAGCUUAGAAUCUAAUGGAUCUCAGGCCAGUUCAGACCCUCCAUGCUCCCCAAACACCCCGUUUGGGGGCAUCUUCUAGGCUCAUACCAGUGGGAAUCCAACUGGUAAACUUGUGCACACAUGCCAUUUUGACGGACAGGAAGCUCUGUUCCAGAGGAGUGACACUGGCAUUAUUCCACAGACAGAGGUUGUCGGAGCUGUUUUAGGACUAGUGGAGGGAGACUUUGGCCACAUCCCAUCUCCUCUCUCCUCUGCACAGUAAAUAAGGAGUUUGGAUUGCAGCCUUAGCAUCAGGAUGAAGCCUGUUGCCUAAAAUUCCAGAACCAAUACAAAAUAGUCUCUUGGUUUGUUCUGCAUUUUCCUCUUUCAAAUAAUAUCACAAUAAAUAACUAGCCCUGCAGACUUUUGUGGCAAAGGUGGGAUAGCUUAGUGAAGGCUUAUAUGAUACAUGAGGCAAAAUUCAUACAGUUUUGUUUUCAUCUAAAAUGAGGUGCAUAGAAAGUUGGAAAUAGGUGCUUGUAAAAUUCUUUGGCAGCCUUGAGAAGUUGCCAGUAAUGCAAUUGUGUGGAAAAUCGUCUUUUUACUUUCGUCUGGGGCAAAAGUUUAUUAUUUAUAGUAAAACCACACAUGCACAAAAAAGCCCCAUUGUGGUCUUCCUUUCACCUUGCAAACACUAUUCCUGGAACUGAGCUGAUAACGUUCACUUCCUCUGCACAUAAAGCCUAUAAAACAACCUGCUGCCACUAGGAAGUGGCUAUUAAAUGGGGGGGGGGACUAUUUUAAGAUGUGCUUGCUGAAAUCUGUCAGGGGCUCAAUUGUAGCUUAAUCUUCUGGCUUCACAGCACAAAAGGAGCCUGUUUACACCAUUUGUUAUCCUGGGACAACAACCCCAGCCAUUCCACUGGACUGUUGGAAAGAGAGAGAGAGAUGGUUCCGCAGAGCCUCUCCCAUUAACUUUGCAGAAAGACCAGCAACUUCAGGCUCCUUCCUCCUCUUGCAACCUUUGAUUUCCAGCUUGUCCAUAGAAUAAUCCCUAACUAUGAGACAGUGCCUGUGUUUUCUUUUUUUCCUUCCUCACUCUCAGUUAGUUUUCUUUUUGUGUUGUGUCUUUUAAAUUGAGGGCCUAAGGGUAGAACUGUCUCAUCACUGGCAUUUGUGGGUUGAAAAGCAGGAAAAAAAUGCUUUAAAUAAAUAGCAUCCCAGAAAUCAUUCAGCCCUAAUACAAUCACAUGUACGAGAGAUCAGCUGCACCUUGUACUUGUCUGUUCCAUCUCUACAUAAGUAAGAACCGGCUAAUAUUACAUAUAAAUUAUGUAGAAUACUUGGAAGUAAGAACAAUGCACAUGUGAUUUUUGGUUCUUACACACUUGCAGUAGAAGUAUAGAUUUGGUUGCGUUCUGCCUGUGGUGAAAAACUGUAUUUGUAUCUUGACUUACUCAUCUCAGAGCUUGAUCAGUCCUCUGAUUUAAACCUUGAUUGUAUCCAAAGGAGCGCUGAAUAUGUUACCUAUCUUUUCCCCAUGCCCUUCUGGCACUAUUUGAUCCAAAGUCAAUACACUGUGAUCUAUGCAAGAUUAGCAAUGACUUGAUUGAGGGUCAAAUUUAGCAACAGGUUAGCUCUUGUGUGCUUGGUUUUUGUUUGCAAUGUAGUAGCUGUUGCGGGGUGGGGGUCUGGAUUGAGACCAGAAAGAAGGGAUUUAAAUUACUUCCCUUACCAUCAGUCUCAUUCUGGAUUGUGGACAUUGCAGCUGCUAUUUAGUAAACAGGAUAGGUAAAGGUAAAGGUACCCCUGCCCGUACGGGCCAGUCUUGACAGACUCUAGGGUUGUGCGCUCAUCUCACUCUAGAGGCCGGGAGCCAGCGCUGUCCGCAGACACUUCUGGGUCACGUGGCCAGCGUGACAAGCUGCAUCUGGCGAGCCAGCGCAGCACACGGAACGCCGUUUACCUUCCCGCUGGUAAGCGGUCCCUAUUUAUCUACUUGCACCCGGGGGUGCUUUCGAACUGCUAGGUUGGCAGGCGCUGGGACCGAACGACGGGAGCGUACCCCGCCGCGGGGAUUCGAACCGCCGACCAUGCGAUCGACAAGUCCUAGGCGCUGAGGUUUUACCCACAGCGCCACCCGCGUCCCUAGUAAACAGGAUACAAGCCCACAAAGACCAGUCGUGCGCUUAAUGCAACAUCUAGGUUGUCGCUAAAUUAAUAUAAGCAAAGCAAAGUGCUCUGCAGGUUAGGAUUGGGUGGGGGAGAAUUUAACAAACAGUAUGAAGGGUUCUGGGAAGAUUAAAGCCCUGGUUAACUUUCUUUUCCUUACUCCACAGCUCUCUCAAUGUCAUAAAAAUGCAAAGCAUGAGUAUUCUGCUUUCAGAUGCACUGGAUAAAGUAAGUACACAUGAAAAGGACAUAUUGCAAAGUUGCCUUCAAGAUUUCUCAUUAUUAAUUAUACCUCAAUGAUUAUUUUAAAAAAAGAAACCUUCAAAAAAAGGUAGCAGUCUUCAUCUGUUUGUCGCAAAAUCAACCAUGAGCCUCGAGACCCUUUAAAGCAUGACAGAUUUUUUGUGGACUUGAGCCCACUUCACCAGAUGCAUGAAGUGUUGUCCUUAAUUGGCAGAUAUGUAAAAUACAUGGGUAUAGAGGAAGCAGUGGGACCAAAUGGCCAUGAAAGGGAAGGUGUACUCUCUUACAAUUUUUUGUAAAGCUUAAGUGUAUACGUGGUAGGUACAGUGAUUAUUUGCAAAAGCAGUAAUACGCACUAGCCAGGAAUUCGUACUCGUGAAUUACUGCUACUGUGAAUGGACACUGUACGUGUGCGCUUGUAACCAAACCAUGGUAUUGCUAAGCCAAACCAUGAGUGAAUGUGAACAGGCAAGUAUGCGGUACUUGAAGCAAAAAUUUCAGCAACAUUUUUCUUUCCUCAGUCUUGCUGCUGAACUUUCCAGAGCUAAGCUAUGGUUUGGCUUAGCAUUGUAUCCAGCCCUGGGUUCAUGGUUUGUCCAGGGAAGACAAACUAGGAGUCUGGGUUUGAACAUAGCACUAUUCCAGGCUAUGGAUAGGCUUUGGGGAGUGUGUCAGCAGCAGAGCUAAAGGAGAAGCAGAGUGGCCAUGACUCUUUUUGUGAGUACCAGUAUGCUUGUUCACACUUAGAUAUGGUUUGAUGUAUCAUCAUGUGCAAACUGGGCCAAUUGUAUUUUGGGCCUAAUUGUUCACAAUUUUUUUGAGUUUAUGCACAUUCACACACAAUUCCAACUGAGGAUAACUCUUCAUGUAUCUGAUGAAGUCUACUCUAGUCCCAUUAAAGCUUAUGCCACAAUAAAUACGUUGGGUUUUAAAACAUCACAAAACUGCUUGUUAGAUCUUGAAUGGGUGCUGAAUGGGGGGAGGGGGAGAAUCAAGGAUUGCCCCUUCUACCCAUGGCUUCCUUUGUCUGAAACACAGCAAAAUGUGGUCUUAUCAGAUGGAGAGAACUUGCUGAGAAGACAGGACUGGUUAUAAUUAUGGCACCGCUCAAUCUGUGCUCUGCACUUGGACCCACUGCAUGAUGUUUGCUUCCUAAUAAUGAACAAACUGAACUAAUCUUUUUGUGUGUGUGGCCAUUUGAAGCCUUAGUACAUUGCAAGAAGGAUUAAUUUGUAUAUAAUUUUAUUAAGUUUACUGUUUUACAAUUUAAAAUACUCAUUUUAUGUCCUUAAGAUAUCACUGGGACGCGGGUGGCAUUGUGGGUUAAACCACAGAGCCUAGGACUUGCCGAUCAGAAGGUCGGCAGUUUGAAUCCCUGGAAGGGGUGAUCUCCCGUUGCUCGGUCCCUGCUUCUGCCAAGCUAGCAGUUCAAAGGCACAAAGUGCAAAUAGAUAAAUAGGUACUGCUCUGGCGGGAAGGUAAAUGGCGUUUCCGUGUGCUGCUCUGGUUCACCAGAAGCGGCUUAGUCAUGCUGGCCACAUGACCUGGAAGCUGUAUGCCGGCUCCCUCGGUCAGUAAAGCAAGAUGAGCGCCGCAACCCCAGAGUCAGUCACGACUGGACCUAAUGGUCAGGGGUCCCUUUACCUUUUUAAGAUAUCAGUGACUUCCCUCCUUCUCUUUCCAUGGUUCAUUUUACAUAUCAUAAAUCCCUGCAUAUUUUACAAAAACUAUACAAUUCAGUAUUCCAUUAUUGCAUCCAUCAAAACUUGUUUACACUAUUGAAUUUAUCUUUAUGCUGCCAGUGUUUUCAGCUGCACACAAUUAUCUCCCAUAUAUUCAUUCAACAAACAUUUUCCAAUCUUCUUUAAAUAUAUGUUCUUGUUCUCUUAUUCUAUAUGUUAAGUCUGCAAGUUGAGCUUAUUUUGUCAACUUAAGUUGUCAUUCUUCUUCAGUUGGGAUCUCACUCAUUUUCCAUUUUGGGACUAACAAAACACGGGCCGCAGUAGUAGCAUACAUAAAUAGAAGGGUUAAUUUGGGUUUGGGGUUUUGCUUCAAACAGCAAAUACAUUUUUUAUCUAGCUAAGUUCCUUGUGUGUUUUUGACAAUUUCUUUUUGACAUUUUUUUACAAAUGAGAAAGUUCAGAACAGCUUGAAGGCUGGUAUUUUGGCAGUAAGUCUUUUUGCUAUGGGGUUGGUUAAUGGCACAUGCUCUAGUGAUCAGUGUACCACAUAAAUCUAUCAUUUGCAUAUGUUUCAGGAAGGAUGUGCUGGUUUUAAAGCAUCCUUUCAGAAGAAGGAAGAGAGUUUGUAGUGCAUCUCUCUAUCUGCUGUGUAGUCUUUUCUGUCUGUCUGUCUGUCUUUCUUCCUUCCUUCCUUCCUUCCUUCCUUCCUUCCUUCCUUCCUUGUAGGUGACUUUUAAAAUCGUUGUUUUCCCACCUGCAGUUUGAAGUGGCACAGCUUGCUCUACUGCCUUACUCCGCUCACCAGACUUGAAAUGACUAGAACAUUUCUAGACAAACAGUCUUGCAGUUCAACAAAUGCUGCACAGUUGCUACAUAUUAUUUGCACAGGAUCCAGUCACCUUCACUUAGAAAUCACAUCUGGUCAUAUCACACUUUUCUAAGUGCUCAGAGAGCAAUAGCUUUGCUCAGGGCUUUUCUAUUUUCAGCCGGAACUACCCUAACACUUGUGCUUAGCCAGAAAAUAAAGGACUUUUAAGGAAGCUGAACCUUGACUAGUUGGUUGCAAAUCAAAAGCAAGGUGGGGGGCACCUUUGCCAGUGUUAUUAUGGUGGGCUUUGCUAGGCACACACAACAAACAAGUGUCUCUCCUUAGGAGUGUGAUAGCAGGAGCUAACGCCACUUGUUUUUGGUUUCGGAGUUGGAUGCCACUUAGCUGACAGUGUAGCCAGAGCAUAGUAAAAGAAUUAGAAAACAUUAAAGGUGCUUUUAGAUGUGGUGAACAUUGUGUUAGUUUUCCUGAUUAUAAUGCUAGUGGCUCUGUCCCAAUUUCCAAUGUUCCUUUCACACUGCAGUACUUAUUGCAGGGGCACCAUCUCAUGGGGGCCAAGCUAUUGCCCCCCCCCAAUAAUUGGGGGGGGGGCAGGUCCCUCCAAUGUUCCAAGAGAUCAGGAGGUGGAGGAGGCUGAGUGCAGAGCCGAGCAUAGCAUAGCACAACUUCUGUGGCUGGCUCCUCCUCCUGCCGUGGAAAGCGGCCCCAGCUCCAUCGCAUUGUCGUGCAUGUGGUGUCAUACACGUGUGUCGUGAUGCUGCAGGCCCACCCCCCAUCUGUAGCACAAUUUGGCGUCUCUGACUUACUGUCUUAUAGAAAUGUGGCUUUUUGACUGAUAUAAUGGUGCAUCACACUGAAUUUCAUUCACAGCAGAGGGCAUGGUGUGACCCAACAAUGAAUGUCAUUGGACAUCAUGAUACUCCCCCACACUUUCUGCACAUGUGUGCUUCUGUUCCCCCAUUAUUCCCUCAUGAAAAUGGCAGGGAAGAACUGCAUACUGGUAUACCGCCUCAAAUUUUGUCACUUCAAACAGAUUUUUUUCUGGAAUCAGAUUAAUGCAUUAUAUAGAUUUCAGGAAGUCAGGUGGGGAAACAGAAUAAACUGUCGUGUGAAUGCAUCCUUGGGCUAGCAGCCAUCUCCCAGGCUUCCUUUCCUAUUGUUGACCUUGGCUAGGUCCUAGGUCUAGGAUGGGAGGUAGUGUUUAUGUGCCUUUGUAUCAGGCACUGAAAGGGGAAAACCAGGAGAGGGGGGGAGGGUAGGCAAAGACCAUCCCAUGUCUGUUCCCCUCAUCAUCUGCUGCUUCCAUACCAUAUGUUAUUUAAAGGAACUAAAUGUUCUUCAUGUGUGGGAAGUUUCUUUGUUUGUUUAGUGUGUGUUUUUUGUUCGGUAUCAAACUUCUGUUUUGCAAUCUGUUAGCUUCAUAAUUCUUCCCACCAUCACCACCCGUGUUUUCUCUUAAUGGGUCUUUAUUUCUUUUAUCAUUUUGAUGUUUAAAUUGCAAGGUUUCUGCUGAAAUGGUUGUGUUUUAUUAAUGUUGUAAGACGUAAAAAAAAAGCAAAAAAAAGCGGGGGUGUUUGUGCAGAACUAAUAAGCCACUUCUGCCCGGUUGAAUUUUAAUGCUGAUGGUUUGUAGUCAGGUAUUCUUUCGUUCAUAUUCUUAACUUUUCCCUUUUCUUCAAUCUUACAGCUCAGGCAUAAAUUUCCAGCAAGAGCCUCACAACAUCAAAAGCCGCGGCCCACUCUGGAGAAGAUUAUACUGCCCAAAAGACUGUGCAUUAUUCAACAGCCUCGGAAAUGUUAAAGAUGUAGAGUAAAAUAUUCAUAUAUUUGACAGACUUGCUCUUAACAUAACAGCACUUAGCUAAGGAAGCAGUAAAUGGACCAAAUGGCUCCAGCAAUAUCUACUUUGUAUUUCUCUUGCAAUAAAAACUGUGUAUGUUCAGUUUUUCAUCCCACCCAUGUCUUGAAAUUUUGUUUGACUUUUCUUUUCUUUUUUGCAUAGCUUCUGAUUGGCCACAAUAACCUUGUUUUAACAUUCCCAAACCAUCUUCUCACAGCAGAUACUGCUUUGAACACACAAGCAGUUUUUCUUUAGCCAUAACAUUGACAAGGUAGUCAUGUUAUUGCCACUUUAUCCUUUCACUCCUGGGAAUGUGGACACAUUGGAAAAAAGUAGGAUUGCUAAGUCUUCCUAACUUCUGUAGGUCAAUUGACUAGAAUUUCUGAUGAAGCAGAUCUUUGCUGGUACAAUACAUUAAUGAGCACCCAGAUAAAGUGGGUCAUUUUUACCCAUAAAAAAUGAUGCUAGGGUUCAGUCCUGUUUUGAAAAACCACCCUACCUGCCUUUGAAAGCACAUCUUAAUACCAGAUUUGUGAGGACAGCCUGUGGUUGAAUAGCAGUGAAGAAGCACUGGCUCAUUAAUAUAGGGUUAAGUCAAUUUUGUAUUUCUUUUUUCUUCUGGUGUAUGUUUAAAUUUUUCUUGAGUUGAAGAUGUAAUGCUGCAUUUUUAUUUUUUGGGGGGCGGGGGUUGCUAUUGCAUUAGCCAACUGGAAUGCAGUUUGCUGUCAGUGAUGGAUAAAUACUUAUCCAUCUGGGAUGACACUAUGUUUUUUGUUUUCUAGUAUUUCAGCAGUGUUAGAAAAUAGAAGAGAGACCAUUAAGAAUUCUGUUCUGUUCAACGUUAAGUGCUUGCAAGGUAACUCUUGUUUCCUAUCCUGUUAAAGCCAAUGACUUGUUUUUUACAGACUUUAGGAGCUGAAUUUAUUCCCAGUAACAGCUACAUAGUGCCUUGUAUGGGAGCUGUCUUGUGAGGAACAAUUAAUUGACAUAACCAUUGCAGAACCUCCAAGCUAUAGAAACAUCUACAGGAUGAAGAGUUUGGUGUGAAUCUUGGGGUUCUGUGUGACACAUCCAUCACUGUCACUUGUCUGUAAAUUUAAUACUCACAUGCAAUAAAGAACAUUUACUUAUCUACUUAACUCCUUAGUUUCUAGACAUGGUUUGUUGUGCUGCUUUGAGUGCUACAUGCUACUUAAUUUACUAGCAGCCUGCAGCCGACCUGAUCUGUGCAAGUUGAUAAAAGCGCUCUUCUGUCUUCAAUAAACCUGAAACAGAGGUGACAAAACAAAUAGAUACGUUUAGGCUUAAGAAAAGGCUGGUUUUUCCUUUUUCUAUAUCAUUGCACUUGUGCAAAUAUUUAUUCCUUUGGGUGGUAUUACAUCUAUUCUAUUCUCAAUGGGUAGCAAUUUUCCUAUGCGAAACACGUGUGUUUUUUAUUCAAGGGGCCAAUUUCUCACAAUAUGACUGGCAUGUCAUGACUUAACUACUCUAAUGUGUGGCUGAAUUGGCCCUCUGUUUUUAAACUGUUGCAUAAGCAUGUCUGGACCAUUAUGUUUUCCUGAUCCUGACACAACUGGUGAUUCUUAAACAAGGGAAGUAUAUUAUGGGAAAAGCAGGAGCCCUAUGCAACUUACUACAAGAGGCCUGGUUUGUCAUGUAUUGUGUCCUUCCAUGUAUAUGACAAUGGUAAAUUUGGUUUAAAACUUAAAUUACCAAAGCUGAAUGGCAUCCUUCAAGAGUUACUCAUAAAAUUACUGAUCUUCAAACAACUGUGUGACUUGCCCCUAAAAUUAGCCUGCAGCCUGCAUACCAUAGGCUUGGAAAGUGGCAACAUAAUGGUAUUUUUUAAAAAGGGGGAAUAAAGUAUCCUGAAAUUUACAGUCCAGUUAGCUUAAAAUGCUAUUUUUAAAUACUGAAUUAGCAGCCAUAUGAAAUAACAAGCCUUGCUGGGGAUGUAAUGAUUUCUACAAGGAAAGAUUGUCUCCCCAAUCUUCUGGAGUUCUAGGGGAACGUCAACAGGUGUGACUUUAAAUACUUAGGCUUCUGAAAAGCUUUCAGCAAAAGUCCCUCACGAAAGAAUUGAACUUAACACUUGCUGGAUAAGAAGACGGAUCCUGGUACAGAUUGCUGUCUGGUGAAAUAAGAAGCAAAAAAUGAGCAGUUACAGUAGAAGUAAAUAAGAAGUCUGUUCCUCCAAGCAGAUUGCAAAGAAUUCUAGAAGGUUCUCCAAACUGGAUGACUGAGCAACAAAAUGAUGUUUGCUGUAAUGAGUCAGUGGGAAGAAUUGGGGUGGGGAGUCUAACUUCAUAAAUAUGCCAAUGGUGUCUGAACUGACAGUUACUAACAAACAAAGAUAUAUUGGUGCUGUUGGGGAUGGGUAGUACAAGGAAGACGGAAGCAUGAAUUAGCUAUGAAAACUCCAGACUGAGGGUGUUUACUUGCUGAUUAUCAGGGCCAAUAGAGACAAGGCCCAGUAGACUCAUGGGCACCUUCCCUUGUCUCAAAAGAAUCUGGUAGGAGGCCAGGGAGCUCAGAAAUCAUGCCCAUUGGCAGGCCAGGGAAUUGACCCUUUUAAGAAUUGUGCAAGUCAAAAAGGGGAUGGAAUAUAGGAGCAGUGGACUGGAGACAGAUGCUGACAAAACCUCAGUCCAUCUCUAGCUUCUGUAGAAGCAAGCUGCUUAACUGCUUUGCCCCAUGGGCUUCUCUGCGAGAGCAUAGUAGGACACAGGAAUAUAUUGGAAACUGGGCUGUAAGUGGUGUUACAUGAUAAUUAUCGCUCCAGCUGCAGAAUUCUCCCAGCAACUGCAGUUUUCAAAGUAUUCAAAGGCAGCCCCAUGCAUUGCAGUAAUCUAACCACAGAUUAAUCAGACUAUUGAAGCCAAGUUAGAGGUGUGUCUCGCCUACUAACAAAAGCUAGUAAAAUGUAAAGUGUAGUUGAAGCCACUUGCUCCUCUAGAACUCCUUCAGGUUUGUAGGAACCCUGUCCAGAAGAUGAGAUGCCCUGUGCAGAACUGGUUGAACAUCUAAUACUAAACAUGCUAUACAAAAGCUGUUGUUGUUAUUUUCAAUUAUUACUUUCCCUUCACCCUAAGGGUCCAGUACAACAUUUGGACUAACCACAUUUAUAGUCCUAACUGUCUUACUUGGUAAUUAGUCAAUCAGUAGAAUAUUACCCAUCUUUAAAGUUUAAGAAAAGCCCUUAUACGCUUGUGAAAUAGAUCAUAUUUCACAUUCUGAAAUGUGGCUUCUCUAUGGCUUGUUGCCAGUUUAAUUAAAAACCGUCUAAUUAGUAAGUACUGAAGGAAGAGAGGCUGCACUCCACUGAAUAACUGAACAGUAUCUGCAUAUGAAAGGACAGUGGUAUUUACUCACCAUAUCUAAAUAUCUAGCCAAACGCUUUUCCCACAGCACUUCAUAAUUGCCACAUAGAUAUCAUACGUUCAGCAUAUAAAUAUGUGAUGAUAAUGAGUGACAUCUGGACUCAAGAUCUUUUGGAAUGCAUCCCAAGUCUUUGAAAGCGAAUAUAUCAAAAUAUACUUCAGUUUAGUUUAUCUUUUCUUUUUUCUUCUUUUUUAGCAGGGCACCAUUAAAUUCAAGGGUAUCCCGGUUCAUUCAUUUAAAGCUCAUUUCAGUUUUAAAACAUCUGACCUUUACCAAGCCUUUCUUUCUAACCAGCCAAGAAAGAAAGCACCAUUAUUUGAGGAACAGACUGAUCAGAUUAGUUAUCUUUGCAGUGGUGGGUUUUUUGGUUCUUCAGAAUUAUUAAGUACAGUAUAGGCUAUUGUGGUGGCUAUUUUCUUUUAUUGCCACCAGAGGGUAGUAUAUAUCUACAAUACAUACACAGUCUCAGACAGCUAAAAUUGCCUACUGGAGAUGCUCCCUCCUUUAUGCAUUCUUUAUAAUUUGUUGUCAACCCACAAAUGAAACAGCUGUUGCUGCACUCCCAGGUUAGUGUUAUAGCAGCAAAUAGGAAUUGGCAGUGUAUAGGGCAGGCCCUUCCCCACCCCCACCACUUCCCUGCCCUUGCUGAACUACAUCAGCUUAAAUGCAAGCACCCUAAUUUAACUUACUUGACUUCACAGUUUGUACAGGUACAGUGAAAUACACAGAAUAAUUCCUACAAUGUCUGCAAUAGUUUAAAAUGUGAUGCUUAUCUUAAUUAGGCUGCAUACUGAAAUGAAAAAAAUGGUUUAAGUAUAGCCAUUAAUUAUAAAAGCUUAAUUAAAUAUGAUCAGCCGUCAUUGUGAUCUGAUAUAUUAUUUGUUUGCUUGUUUUGUUUUUAAAUCUAUACCACCCUUCUAACACCUAUGCACCACUCAGGACAUUAAAAAUAUAGGGAGGAACAAAUAAUAGAACAAUAAAAGCAGUGCUUUUUCUUCUAGGGGGACGCAGGGGGACACAUACCCCUAAACAUUUUGUGACGCUUUGUACUUUUGUCCAUUUACUGUAUUUAUUUUUCCCGAUUUGAACUAUAAAAUGAUGAUUUUCUUGAGUCAAAAUGAAAGUACCCCUAAACAUUUUUUU